CUCGGGCACGAUGGAGGACGAGGAGGGCUACACGGCCUUGAACCUGCGGCCCAAGCGGGGCGGCUCGGGAGGCCCGUCCCCACCCGGGAACCAAGGUUCCCGUCAGUGUCCUGGCUGGCUUCAGGUCGCUCUAGGGGCUGGGAAUCUCAUCCUGGCAGUGGCUCUGCUCUUGCUGGCAGUUUGUGUUUCCCACUUUCUGUCUGAGAAGGGACAGACCCCGGCAGCCCCUGGGAGCGACGGAGCCGGGAGCAGAGACCCCAGCACGGCAGAAUGCAGCGCCCGCCUGGAGCGUUUCCGAUCCCAGCUGUGUCACGCGGCCCCGACCGGCCCAGCAGGCGGCUCCGGGUGCAAACUCUGCCCCACGGACUGGCAGCUGCGUGGGGACAAGUGCUACUGGGUCUCCGGAGGAGGGAAAACGUGGAGCGAGAGCCGCGCCGACUGCUCAGCGAGUGGCUCCCAGCUGCUGGUUCUUUUCCUGUCUACCUGGCCAGUGCAUCUGAGUUGAGAGUGCUGUCCAGAGCGGUCACAAUGGAGCACUCUGGGAUAGCUCCCGGAGGCCAAUACCAUCGAAUUG